CACAGCCCGAGGCCCGUCAGCAACACACGAGCACAAAUAUGAUCGUGCUCAUCUUUGAACUGCUACUGCUCACAGCCCUGCUUGUGAGCUCAGUCUACUGGGCCUUUCUCCUGCCUCCCCAAUACCCGCACAAUGUGCCGGCCGUCCCCUUCUGGGUGGCGCUGAUCCCCUUUUUCAAGGAUGUGGACCAAUCCGACAUAUUCAGAAAGUACAUCGAAGGACCGCUCCAUAGGCAUGGCGCCGUCAAGCUCUUCUUCGGUGCCCAGUGGAACAUUCUCGUCCACCGUCCGUCCUAUCUACUGGAGAUCUUCAAGCACGAGGACGUCUACCAAAAGUCGGGGAACCAGAAGAAGAUCCCCCACAGUGUCCUGGCUGACUUUCUUGGCGACAAUAUCAUCUCGAGCCGAGGCGAGGCCUGGAAGUGCUACCAGUCGGUCAUCAAGCCAGGUCUUCAACGUCCCUUUGAGGUCGACACACUGGCAAAUAAUGCGUCUCUGCUGUGCGGCCUGAUUGAGACGGCGCAAAAGAGGGCCGGAAAAGGCGGCAUCCCCGUGCAGGUUCUGCUGCAGAGAUACUCGGUGGCCAACUGCGCCGCCGUACUGCUUCAGACAGAACUGCCUACUCUUCAGUCGGAUGAAGUGGCUAUCAAUGCGCUACAGAUGGCAGUCAAGCGAGAAAUCUUCAAGCCCAUCUUCAUGAACUUCCCCAUCCUAGACCGGCUACCGCUACCGGGAAGAAAACGGGCCAGAAACAUGGUCACAGCCUUCAAGAACCAGCUAAAAAGCGCUCUAGUAGCAAGCCAUGUCGAGAAACCUGUAGCCGGGCUCGAAUCGGACAAGCUGGGUGCUCGUUUACUCGCAGCGAUGGAGUCGAGCCUCUGGACCGAGAAGCAGUUUCUUGACAACCUGACCGUCACGUUUGUAGCGGGCCAGGAGAAUCCGCAGCUACUCAUGAUCUCGAUGCUCUACCUGUUGGCCAAGCAUCCGCAAGUCCAAGACCAGCUCCUCGACGAAAUCCGCGACAAGGCAGCAGCAGCAGCAGACCAUGACGCCCCGCUGCCCGAGGCCGCGGCGCUGCAAGACCUGCCACUGAUGACGGCGGUAAUCUACGAAAGCCUGCGCCUCUACCCACCCAUCGGGCAGCUGAUCAACCGGCGCGCAGCCAAAGACACCAUGCUAGGCGGCGCCAUCUACGUGCCGCGCGGCACCUACGUCGGAUACAACUGCUACUCGACCAACCGCGACGCGGCGGCCUGGGGCCCUGCCGCCUGCGAGUUCCGUCCCGAGCGCUGGGGUGACUCGAGCGAGAGCGUCCAGAAGCACUUCCGCCUGCGCCGUGCGCGCGGCGAGUUCAUCUCCUUCCACGGCGGGAAACGCGCGUGCUUGGGCGAGAGGUUUGCCAUGUUUGAGAUGCGCGUGACGUUGUGGGUGCUGGUUGGCCGCUUUCGCUGGUCGUUGGAUCCGGGGUGGGAAGAUCGGAAGACGCCCGUAGGUCGUUUUUGCCUUUCCUCGGGGCUUUUUUCUUCCUUUUCUUACCCCCCUUCUUUCCGCGUUAUCUAGCGCCACUGUGCUGACCUUUUCCUCUGCGCUUGUCGACCCGAAGGCCGGACCCCUGUAUCCCAGAGCACUGAGACUGAAUUUCCAGCCCCGAAGCCAUACAUGGAGGAACGCUCGAGAUUGCGGC